CCACCGCCGGCGACGCACGUGCGUUUCAUUCUGCGGCGCUGGACUCGUGGGUCUUUCCUCGGCCUCCUUUCGAGGACGUUUCGUCCGUGCCUUCUGUUUUGCAUAUUGACCGGUUGGCUUCACGGGUGUUCGCAGAUAUUCGCCCAAGAAGAUGAAGAGACUGUUUUCGACAUCUCGUAGUUUACAUUUGGCUUUGAAGUCCUCCGUAAAUCCGUCCGUUUCUGCGGAAUUCACAUCCCGGUCUCCUGUCAGAGUUAGGCCUAAGUACAACGUAAGGCCAAAAACCGAGUCCCAAGCUAGCCUGCCUCUCGGUAAGCUCGCUCAACAGGUGAGUCUCGAAGCUCUGCAGUUCGGAUCGCUAAGAGGAAGACCGGAAUAUUCGCGGACGACUGUCGAUGUUGGCAAUUUCGACGAAGGGAGAGUUGCCCCCUCUUCCGACCUGUAUGAGUCAUGGACGAAGAGGACGCCGAUCCAAGUGCCUGAGACCGAGCACGAUCUCCUGUCCGUGCUGAGUUCCAUCCCAAAGACCCGGGAUCUCCUGAGCGAAGCGUGGAACGUGAAGUCGGUGGACGAGAUGCUGUGCAAUAUCAUUAUGAGGAAGACAAAUUUGGACCUGUCCCUUUGGCUCAUGGACACGAUGGUGUUCCAUCUGUCGUUCCAAGCCACGAGGCUCAAGUUCUUCAGAAAGUUCCUGACCGUCUGCGAGAGGAACCUCCGCCGUCUUCGACGGGAGCAGCUCGUCCAGGUGGUCCACUAUUGUGGAAUUUCUAAGAACAGAGUGCUUGCAGAAAGGACAUUGGAAAGUGCUCUUCCGAUGAUCCGGGAACUCGUCGCUACGGGUUCGGUCGAGGAUCCUCUCCUCGCCGAAAUGGGAAUCCUGUGUGCAGCCUAUCACAAGUGCGGCAUGAAGAUCACGGAUCCCGACGUUCUCGAGAAGCUGACUGCGAUGGUGCAGAAUGUGUUGAAGGAAGGAGGACAGGGCCAUUGUCAGGCAACAGCCUUUCCACUCAUUUCCAUGCUGAAGGUCCUACGUCAUUCCAUGCACUGGAAUGAGAAUCUUUUGCAUUCAGUCAAGUCAUUCAUAUCUCAGCACCUUGUUCAUUUGAGCAUGGCUGAGAUGCAUCACCUGCUAUCAGUACUCUCCAAUGCCUUUCACUUUGACGAGGAAUUGUGCCGCUCGUCAGAGCGACACGCGAGCGAUCUCCUCGCGAGUUUGACGACCGACUGGACGAAAACGCACCCGAGCCAGACCAUCCGUCCCAAGGAUUUAGAGGGCAUCCUUUGGAACUUCUGCUCCGUCGGGUACCGUCCCGAUGACGCGUUCUUGACCUCUGCCGAGAAUUUCAUGAGGGGAUCCUAUCAGGCAAUGGACUACUUUGGACAGAUGCCAUGCCUCAUCAAGACUCUUUUCUAUCUUGGAAUGGUGAACAGAUAUCCAGAGGAUCUCCUUAACAAGGUCCUUCGUCCUGAAGUCGCCAGCAAUCUCAUUGUUAGCAAGCAGAGUCGAACACUACAGCAACUUGGGAUGUUGGAGUAUGCAUGGGCGACAGAACGAGGAGGAUUGCAUUCCAAGCAGGUUGUGGAUGGGAGAAGAAUGGCAGAUUCUCUCCCACAUCGCAGCAUCUCUCAGGAGUUGGAACAGCGACCAAUGCUGAAGGAGACUCUGCUCCUCCUGAAAGAUGCAUCUCCACCUUCAGUCUUGGUCUCACCUGCAUUUCCCAUUCCACACCUUUUGAUUGGAAGCAUCUGUAUCAAUUCGCUCCAGUCGGACCAAGGGGCUUUCUAUAUAGAAGUCUUAGAUGAACAUGUGUGCUGCUCCAAUAUUUCCAGCCCUGUGGGUCUAAUGAAGUGGAAAAUGCGUCUCUUGGUGGCAAAGGGCUUUCCUGUCAUCACAGUGAAACCCGAGGACCUAGAGUGCCGAGACAGAAUCUGGGAGACCGUAACGAAGAAGCUCUCUGAUGUUCCCUAGAGUAAUCAUUGACCCUCCUUCAUUUUAGAGGGAGGCUAUUCGUAGAGCAAGGAUUUUAUAGCUUUAUUAUGAUUUUCCAGCUACAUUUGCGAAAGUAUUUUUUGGAUCAUAAAGUGCCUUAAAUAGAAGUGGUAAACAUGUCAGACCC